AACCAAGGAACUAGCGAACCCUGAUGCUUUUUUUGUAUUCAGUGAGGCAAUCCUUAUCAUCCGCCCGUUUUACCGAUUCAUUGUCCUUGGCGAUAUACUUUUAAAACCUGAAUGUGUGGCUCGGUCGAACACCGUGAGGCUAAUAAACAAUGGCAUUGAUCUUUGCAAGGAGAAAAAACCAAUGUAG